AUGGGAGGAGCGGAGGUGGUGGAGAUCCAGGAUGACGGAGGCGGAGGGAGAGAGAACGCCCCAUCGCCGGCUCACAGUGGGAAACGGCCGGCUUUGGACCUCAACGAGGACGUGGGGGAAGGCAGCGAGGAGGAAGAAGAUGAAGAGGACGGGGGAAGCACCACCGAGUUGGCCGGCGGCGGGAGCUCUAGCAACAACAGUAGCUCGAACAACAUCACCGGAGAGGGGAGCAGCGAGAGAACUUCCUCUGUGAGGCAGUACAACCGGUCGAAAAUGCCGAGGCUGCGGUGGACGCCGGAUCUCCACAUGUCCUUUGUACAUGCCGUCGAGCGGCUUGGCGGACAAGCAAGUGAGUUUUCCCAAAACUUGACUCCCAGAACAUCUGAAAAGAUCGAGAGAAAAAUAAACAAAAUUGAGUCAUUCAGUAAGAGAAUAAUUCGUCGGUUUUGUGAAAUGAUCCUUGCUUCUUCCUCGGAGACACGAAUGAUCGUGAAAUUAUCGGUUUCUGCGUAUUAUUAUUCUGCUCUGCGCCUUUCUAAGAUCAUCAAUUUUGGAAAUCUUAUAUUUUGGACGAUAAGGUUCGGCUUACUGAUAAUUGGCCUAAUGAUGUUUGUGUGGAUGAUAUAGGAGCCACCCCAAAGUUAGUGCUUCAGAUGAUGAAUGUGAGAGGGCUCAGUAUCGCUCACGUAAAAAGCCAUCUACAGGUAAGAAGAUGGGGGCGCCAGGCAUGGAAUGAGGAAAGAAACACUUGUUUCAUAUCCCUUACCUAUGUGAAUAAUACUUCGGCGAUCUUGCGUGCUUAUUUUUUUCAUUAUAUUUUUUUUCCGUCCCUUUAUCUGAAGUAUUAUCGUUGAUCAGAUGUAUAGAAGCAAGAAGUUAGAAGACCCUGCACAAGAUAAAUUUUCUGUCUCCUCAGGUGAGCUUACAAUCUUCAUUCGUUUGCCUUUUGAUUCUCUAAACAUCAAAACUGUGCUUAAGAACUGUACAAAAGAAGGAAAUAGAUACUAUUUCUCUCUCAUCUUAUCUAAUUGGAGAUUAAUAAUAGACAUUAUCCUUCUCUUUGGUAGACGAUCCCAUAGAAUUAGUAGGUUUUUCCUCUAUUAAGGAAUCAUAAAACACACAGUCGUGUGGUGAUGCAAUCAAAUGUUAAUAAUUAGGAGCAGGCAGGAAAAAAAAAGUAGAACCUGACAAUAAAUUUCUUGUACUUCCUCAUUACUGAAGAUUCACGUCUGCCGUUAACGUCUUUCUGUAGGCAUUCAUAUGCAGAGGGGAGGCCGAAUCCCAGACGUCAUCUACCAAAGAACAGGAGCAUGCCAGGCGUUCAAGAUGGAUAGCAGCGGCAGCCUUUUCGUCUCGAGUAGCCACCAUGAGCCGGGUGGUCUCUGUGGACUCAUCCAACGGCCACCCUCUCAACAAGCGUUGGAUCUCAAAAACUACGCCUUAAGGUAUAGUUAUGACAGACAAACAGGAUAAACGAAAACCCUAACCGAGGGAGAACCUCACACCUUGGAAACCAUAAGGGUUUCUAAAAUUUCUUUAUUUUUUAUUUUUUUGUAGCCGGCAUCAAGAAUGGCCGUUUCAUCAGCAAAUGACGGCAAGAGUGAACCCAAGUUUGAAUCAUGGACGAGCAAAGGACUUGAUCCAGGAUAUCAUCCAUAGACAAGAAAUGAAGCCAUCAACCUCCCACCUAUUCGACGUCAGGGAUGCUAUCACUAACAACAACACCUGGCCCUUGUCAUUGCACCAGGUCCUCGAAGAUAUGAGAUCGAAACAAGUGGAAGUGAGAGGAAGCCUACUGAUGGAGAGGAAGAGGACACCUGAUAACUUUCACUGGGGUGGCAGCAUUUCUCAGUCUCUUAUUCCGAGAGUAUCUUCUAUGGAAACUCUCUACGGUGAAGUUAAUCUCCAUAGUAGGAACAACUUAAACCCUCACUACCACAACGGUUGCACGAGGGAUCCCAUAAUCUUCACCCAGGGUCGCGAAUCUCAGUUUGAGUUGCCAUUUCGUCUUCAGGUAAUCCUCUCUCUUUCUCUCUCUCCAUAUAUUCCUAUACCAAUCCAAUCCAUCUAUACAAGUAUAUAUAAAGAAGUUUCCAAGUUAUUCAAUGUUCCCUCUACAAAACUAAUACUGAGAUAUCUUGAGAUCAAAUUUUCAAAGAAAGAAUUAAGAGAGCCAGAAGUGAUGUCUUUAACCUAGCUUUCGCACCUUGCAAACUCGAAGACCUUGUGGUGGCUACCUGGGCCUGACUCGAAUACUAACCAUUGCAGAGACAUUUGGAAAUGAACAAGUCUGUGCUCAAAUCGGAAGAUACCACGGGCAGGAAAGAGAAUAUCGAGUCAGAAUCGAAGAAGAUGAAGAUGACGACUGACAAGGGAAGGGGUCUUCACACCAACUUGCAGCUAAGCCUGUACCCCAGCUCAACAGCCAACCAGGAGAAGGAUCUUGGAGUUGAGGAAGAAGCCGAGAGUGGACUCUCUCUUUCACUUUCCCCCACAACCCCCAAACGAAAACAACCACUCUCUCUACAACCCCACAAUGACAACCCAACACCCACCAUCCCUUUUAGGAACACUGGAGCGAGCAAUAGGGCCGCUUUGGGGCUGAGUACUUUAGAUCUGACCAUGUCGAUUGGAGCAUUGGAGUGA